UUACUUGAAGAUGCGCUCCGUCCUCUCCUGUCACGCGUCUCCUAACCAGAACAUUUAAGGAUUAUUCUGCUUUCAUUAUUUGGACACAUUUGUUUGUUUGGGGGAACACUUCUUCAUUUCACAAAUGUGUUUCCAGAUUACGCAUAGAGAAGUGGGACAUGAUCACAUUGCCUACGGAGUCUGCUGUAUUUAGUGUGGUUAAUCUAGUGUGGGAGAAGAACCGAACCCAUAAACCAGACCUGAUCCAGCUGCCUCCCGCAGACCCGAAGCGCCAGGCGAACCGGUUACCCGUUAAAGUGUUGAAAAUGCUCACUGCGCGCACUGGACACAUUCUGCACCCGGACUAUCUCCAACCAUUACCAUCCACUCCCGUCAGCCCUAUUGAGCUGGAUGCCAAGAAGAGUCCGCUCGCCCUGCUCGCGCAAACCUGUUCUCAGAUUGGAAAGUCUGAUUCCUCUGCCAAACUCUCAACGAUCACCUCGGACAAGGACUCCAAAUCCAGCCCACUAAAGAUCAGUGACAUCGGGGUCGAGGACAAAUCUAGUUUCAAGCCAUAUUCCAAAUCUUCGGAGAGAAAAGAGUCGAGUGGAGACAAGUCAGGAUUCCGCGUACCUAGUGCCACCUGCCGGCCCAACACGCCACGGACAGUCAGUCCAAGUUCCUGCAGUUCUGCGUCCCCGCAGCCCGGGCGCCUGGAAUCCGGAGAUAAAAUGGCCAAACGGGAAAACGAUAGAAAUAAAAGCUCAACACCGGAUAAUUCUGGGACCACGAACCCCAGCAAAACCAGCUCUGAGAGUACUAUCGAGAUAAGCAAACCGCAUGACACUUUAAAAGGCUCCCCAUCUGACACAGUUCCCGCGUCCUCAGCAUCAUCUGCUCUCGGAUCAGGGCUUGUGGCACCGGUUUCGCCCUAUAGACCCGGUCAUCCCGUAUUCCCCAUCUCCCCUGCCGGACUACACUACCCUGGAGCCCUAACGGGGCACUAUGCCAGCUACCCUCAGCACUUUUUGCCCCACGGGGUGACUCUAGACCCGAGUAAGGCCAGCAGCAGUCAGUUGAUUAAUGCUCAGCUGUCCGGAGCCGCUGGCUCUCUCAGCAGUAAGGCGGGGUCCAGUCCCCUCGCCGGAGCCUCUCCGCCAUCCAUCAUGUCCAGUAGCCUGUGUAGAGACCCGUUCUGCCUGAGCUACCACUGCGCCAGCCAUUUAUCAUCUAACAGCACGCACGACACCGCUGCAGCCACGGCCCUAAAGUCUGGAUAUCCCCUCAUGUACUCAACCCACCCCCUGCACCCUCUGUCGGCCUCUACGCCUUCAUUUACCGGACACCCUUUGUACCCAUACGGCUUCAUGCUCCCAAACGAAUCGCAGUCGCAUGUUUGUAACUGGGUAUCCGCUAAUGGGCCCUGCGACAAGCGCUUCUCGUCGUCAGAGGAACUUCUGGCGCAUUUGCGGACGCACACCGCGUUUACGGGCGCGGAUAAGCUCAUGUCAGGAUAUCCGAACUCUUUAACGAGUGCUGCAGCGAUGGCGUGUCAUAUGCCCGUACAUCCAACCGGACCGCCCGGUGCCCCGCUCACCCUCAGGAGCCCGCAUCACGCGCUUGGACUCGGCGCGCGCUAUCACCCGUAUUCCAAAAGUCCCCUGCCGACGCCCGGUGCGCCGGUGCACGCAGCUGCGGGUCAGUUUUACUCUCCAUAUGCGCUGUACGGACAGAGACUGACCACAGCCCCAGGACUCGGAUAUCAGUGAGAAAUAAGUGUAUCAAAUGGUUUUGUGUGUGUGCGUGCGCGUGUGUUGACCUCAGGGUUUAUUAAUGGGCCAUUAUUUAUUAAAGUUAGCUUUAAAGCAACAGAAAUAAACAAACAUAUUUCAA